AUGAACACCCUACUUGCAAAAGGAUGGUCACAUAUAUGCUUGGUGAUGCUUCUCCUCAGGGAAGCCUCAUCUCAGAACUGUUCCAGUCUUCGCGUACAGCUAAGCACCACCAACAAGAACAACCUGGAACUUCUGAAGAGCAAAAUGAGAACCAACCUUCCUCCACAGUGCCUAAGUGAUGUGAGAGACUUCAGUGUCACUCAAGAUAUUCUCAAGGAGAUCCAAACGUCCCUAAAAGAGAAUCCCAAGGUGGCCAUGCAUGAAGUCUUCCAACAGAUCGUGCACAUUUUCAACCAAAACCUGACAGAAACAGCUUGGGAUGAGAAUUCCAUGGCAGCAUUCCAGAGUGGACUUCACCAGCAAAUUCAACAUCUGGGAACAUGCUUGAGUGCAGAGAUGGAGAAUGAUAUCCCAUCUCCAAGAGCUCAGAAUAUCCAGCUCACCAGGCUGAGAGUGAAAAGAUACUUCCAAAGGAUUGAUAGCUUUCUGAAAGAGAAGCAGCACAGCCUGUGUGCAUGGGAAGUUAUCCAGAUGCGAGUCAAGCAAUGUCUCCUGCUAGUGGACCAACUCAUAAACAGGCUCCCAAACUGA